UUUGAGGAAAAAGGUAUUUUGGCCUCUAGUCCAUUUUAUUACUCUGUGAAGGGGAGGAGAUGCGCUGUGAAGAGGAGGUGGAGUAUCCUCACUAGCCUGCAAUAACUUGUUUGAGUCUGACGAGGAAAAGAAACACUUCAGUAACUCUUCUGGCAAACAUAAUCCCAUCUCGUUGUACAAUAUUUGGAGGAUCUACAGUGACGCCAUGAUUCCCCUGUUAACGGGCUUCUUUCUAUUGUUUUCUCUCCAAAGCUCUGCACUCCCUUUGCAAAAUGGCUCCCUUCCCCUCGCUCGGACUUUUUCUGGUCACUUUGUGAUAGUCACUGAUGAGCCUGGAGAAUAUAUUGAUCUGUCUGCGUUGGACCUUUUGAGGGAUGAUGGAGGUUCUGGUUUCAGUUCUGAGCAGGAGUCUGUAAAAAGACGCCAUUAUCACGCCCAGAAGCAGGUUUUGGUCUCUGAAGAAACCAAAGCAUUUCUCCGGGGUCGCCUGUCAACGAGCUUCAUCCCGACUGUUUACAUCCUCGUGUUCAUCAUCAGCGUGCCCCUCAACCUUGUUGCCAUGGUGAUGUUUGUGCGUCACAUCCGUCCCAGGAAGCCAGCGGUGAUCUACAUGCUGAACUUGGCCUGUGCAGACCUGCUGCUCGGCCUGCUGCUUCCCUUCAAGAUUGCCUACCAUUACCAUGGCAACAACUGGAUCUACGGCUCCUUCAUGUGCAGAGUUGUGACUGCGGCCUUCUACUGCAACAUGUACUGCUCUGUCCUCCUCAUCAUGUGCAUCAGCGUCGACCGCUUCCUGGCUGUGGUUUACCCCGUGAACUCCCUGACGUGGCGAAGCCCGCAGACGGCCUCAGCUGUGUGUGCUGCUGUGUGGAUGUUAUCUCUGGGAGGAGUCUCCCCUCUGCUGGUCUCAGGACAGACUGUCUACUUGUCAGACCUCAGCAUCACCACCUGCCAUGAUGUGCAAGAUGUGGAGAAACUGCAAGCUUACUACCUCUACUUCUUCCCCAUCUACUCCUCUGUCUUCUUCUUCAUCCCGCUAAUGUUCACUGUAGUCUGUUAUGUGCAAAUCGUUCAGGCUCUGACAGCGGCCAAUGUGGAGAACCUCUCCAGGAAGACUCGGGCCGUGGUGAUGGCUGUGGUGGCGCUGCUGGUCUUUGUGGUCUGCUUCACCCCCACCAACAUCAUCCUGAUGGUUCACUAUGUUCAGCUGGCCCACAGGUCCGGCGACAGCUCCUACCAGGCCUACCUGCUCUCCAUGUGCAUCGGCAGCCUCAGCUGUUGCCUGGAUCCAGUCCUCUAUUACUACGGCUCCUCUCAGUGCCAGAAGCAGGUGGCAGCACUGCUCUGGUGGAGGCAGCUGGAAGGAUCAGAGAGCAGCUCAGAAACACACAGUACAAGAUCCAGUGGGUGGACAGAGAGCAGCAGGUCAUGCAAGUUGGAAGGCGUUCAGGCUGGUCUGGGGAGCCAGUACAGCAGACUGGAGGAUUAAAUCAACACACACGAGGAGCCUGAUGCUGAGAAACUUUUCAAACUUGCACACAAAUCCACAGUAUGAUACAAUCAAGUUGAACAAAAAGAAAUCCCCAGCAGGGGCGGAUCCACAUUAAUUUUAGUGGGGGGGCACAGGGGGCUACAAUAAAUAUUUUUUUGGGGGGGGCACCGAAAAGUUACAAGAAAAAAUGAAAGCUGCUACCAACCUCUCGCUUUUAAAAAGCAUUGUUCAUGUUUGUUUUGUUGUUGUUUUUUGGCUCUUUAACCCAGUAGGAAAGCUGUAUAUGACCUUUUCAUUUUGGACUGUUAACAUUCAAAUUAUGAUGGACUUGUUUCCUUGUUUAUGUGAAUUACAGCGUCAGCAGCUGCAGCAUCUGCCUGUUAUGUAAAACUGGUAAGCUCAACGACAGUAUUCUGAGGGCAAUUAAGUGACAAAUGUUGUGCAAGAACAGCACUAUAUACAACCCUGUCAAUUUCCACUUCUUAGAAUGUUUACUGACAAAUAAGAAAUAAUAUUAUGUACUUUUGGUAACUAGUUCUCAGCAGUAAACCAUAAACAGCAUAGGAUUCUGUAUACUAAUCAGUCUAAAUCAAAAUGAGUACUACCCAAUACACAGUGAACAACAACAAUCUGUACCCUUGAUCUGUGGUAAAAAAUCUGAAACGUUCUGUGCAGUAAUGUAAAUUUAAAAAUACAAUAAAUUACAGCAAGCAGCACUGUACACAUUUAAUAGUAAACCUGAGAACAAUAAAAAACUAACAAUACUCCAUAUUCUUAAAUCAAAUACAAUAAAAUACAAUAAGCAACACACUAUACAUUUAAAAAUAAACCUGAGAACAAUAAUAAAUAGUAGCAAUAUUCUUAAGUCAUUUAAUAGUGCACAGCUCAGCAAACAUAGUGUUCUGCAUAGAAAUCACAAAAAGCUGCUCUCAAUAAUGUUUCACAGUGAGCAGAUGUUCUUGUGUUGUAGGUCCAUGGUUGGGGGGGGGGAUCUGGCACUCUUUUUGCAUUCUUCACAUGGGAUAGAAAUAAAGCAACAUUGUUCUUGCACGUCCAUUAAAGGCCUGUAGGUGUAAAGCAGGAAGCCCUCUACAAUGAGGAUGUGAGUCUCCUCCUCCUCAUGGUUGGACUUCAGGACGAUCUCUGUGUCCAGGGUGUUAUUAAUGCCAUGAGACUUCUCAAACUUCACCGGGUUCUCCAGCCACGUGUAGAUCCUACUCAUGUCCAGAGCAGUGAUGACAUCAUACUGCUUAAAGCCAUCUUCACCAACUUCAAUCUGAUCUUCAGGCUUGAAGAGUCAUCCUGAUGGACCACACAACAGUUGGGCAGGUUCUUGAUCAGGCGGUUGGUGGGGCUGGUUUUCCCUCCAUUGGUUACACCGACGAUGCCGAUGAUGUACUUCAUGUUCUCGGAUUGGUCAAAGCUCAGAAAAAGGGUCAAAAACGUUGACAAAAACCGGGUCGGGAGCGAUCGGACGUGGAAGAAAGCUGAAAAAGAGAAAGCUGCAGCAGGAAACGUCAACUACUCGAGUCCUCCAUGACACUUGAGUUUAGUGAGUAAGGUAAGAGCGGAAAGGGAGCUGCCACUCUGACGUGGUUCUUCCACCCAGAGAGGACCUCUUUCUGCUGUCGCUGCUACACAAACUGCCCUAGUUGAGGUUUUAGGUGGAAUAUUCCUUUAAACCAGCCCCUCAGGUCUCUUUGAGGAUUUUGGACGGAAUACUCGGUCAAACCAACAUUUUAGGUGCAUGUCCAGAAAUUUUUGGUGAAUGUUCCUUGAAGGUGGAUGUGUGAGGACCUUGUAGGUGGAAUACUUCCUGAAACCAACCUUUUAGGUCAACAUUCAAAGAUUUAUGGUGGAAUAUUGCUUUAAACCAACUUAAAUUUCAUGUUUUGAUCAUUAUCAAGUGAGAAACCUCAAUCCAGACUCCUCAUAAUGACGUUUGAGAUUUAUGCUGCUGUUAUUUGUUUAGUCCAGACUAAAUGACAGAAAUCCACAAUUGUAAUUUUAUUUCAGGACUCGGUUAUUAAAUGUCAAAACAAUUCAUGUGACUCUAAAAACUCAACAGCUUUACAAACUCUAAGACUAAACUCUCCACAAGGAUCCAAAAUAAGUUGGACUUCUACAUGAGAGCUUUAAUUAUUCUUCAUCUACUUCCUGAAAAGUUUGGUCAAUACAAAAGACAAAAACUAAUAUUCUCAGCUGAAUUAAAGACAGACUUUGUGAUUUUUCUGCUCACAUGUUGUGUUGUUGUAAACUCGCUCUUUCAAAUAAAUAGCCUCCUAACCCCC